UGCUGUGUGCGAUAUCGCACUUCUCAAGCAUCACAGUGUUUUUGUUUGCACAUCUGUGUUGUGAGAUAUGGAGGACGAGUUGGAGGAUCGUGUGCUGUACCAAACAUACAUAUCGCAUAUGAAACUGAUAUCGCGGUUUGCUGUUGGCGUUCCCUUGAACACAAAUUCUAUAAGCUGCAUGUGGCGUUUCUUACGAAUAUAUGUCUUGAAACCAGAAGUGUUGUUGUUUAGUGCAAUUCUAUUUUUAAUCUUAAUUUAUGUACAAGCUCUUGAUGUAUGGAGUCGUUCUCUGCUCGGUAGAUUACAGUAUACUGCUUUAGGUCGCUCAGCUGCACAAGUGCAGAAGUUACAGUAUUUGGUCAGUGGACCAGUAACUGGAGGAGAAAAAUUGAGCUGGGAACUGCGCGAAGGAAAUAUAGCGGCAUAUGCAGUUCAAGGUCGGAGGCCACGAAUGGAAGACCGUUUUGUUGUGAAUGAAGAUAUUAAUAAGACUGGAGUGUCGCUGUACGCAGUAUUCGAUGGCCACGGAGGCGAGUUUGCUGCCAACUAUGCUCGUGACAAACUGAUUCAAAAUUUGUACAACAAAGUCAUUGAACUCAAAAGAUUGAAGGCAGAGGGUAAAUACAGAGAAUGUGAAAAUGUCACAACACAAGCAGAGAAGCCACAAGAAUCAAAUAAAACAGGGGGGUCACCAGCAGUAGACAGAAAGAAAAGUUUCAGGAAAGCAGCUUCACAAACAGAUGAUUGUGUGAAAAAACGUGCUGGAGGCAUUCCUGGGGUAACGGAUCCCGAGCUGCUACAGCGGCUCGGUUCUCUCAGUACAAGAACGAUAACACGGGAGGCACGACCCUCAACUGUUCCUCCACCUCCUACGAACCCUCCAAUUCGAUACCUGGAUGCCUCAGGUACAAUUGAUUAUGGACGACUGCUUACAGAUGAAGUACUUGCUGCUGAUCAUCUGUUAGUUGAAGCUGCAAAAAAGAGUCUGGAUGUUGCAGGUACUACCGCUCUGAUUGCUUUGUUGGAAGGCAAUCAGUUGGUAGUAGCAAAUGUUGGAGAUUCAAGGGGAGUGAUGUGUGACAGCCGCGGCAAUGCUAUACCACUGUCUUUUGAUCACAAACCACAGCAGGUGCGCGAAAAGAAACGAAUAAAAGAGGCUGGUGGUUUUGUCACUUUUAAUGGAGUGUGGCGUGUGGCUGGUAUAUUAGCUACAUCCCGAGCUCUUGGUGAUUACCCUUUGAAAGAUAAAAAGCUGGUAAUUGCUGAUCCAGACAUUCUGACAUUUGAUUUAUCAGACCAUAAACCACAAUUUUUAAUAUUAGCUUCAGAUGGAUUAUGGGACACUUUCACAAAUGAGGAGGCAGUUGCCUUCAUUAAGGAGAGACUAAAUGAACCCCAUUAUGGUGCAAAGAGCAUUACUUUGCAAUCAUAUUACAGAGGUUCCUUGGAUAAUAUAACAGUUGUUGUAAUCAAUUUUAAGGAACAAAAAUGGAGCUAUGCAAGUGCCAAGAAAACAGAUUAAAAUUUUUUGUGUGUGCUUUCAUUUGCACAAUUGAGAUAAAGUACAGUUAUUAUAUUUGUCAUUGUUUCACAAAAAUCUAUUCAUAACACAGUUUUAGAAAAGAGUUUAUGAUUGUUGGUGUUGUAUGGAAUCUGUUUGAAUCUCUUUCAGGGAAGGGGACUGAACAAAGUUUCACUAGAAAAAUUAUUUUUGUGACUUGCUGUAUUUGAGAUAUGUGGUUAUUGAUUGAAAUUGCCUUUUGUACUAUGUAACUGUUAUUAAGUCUGUUUUUGAUGGUGACUUGUAUUUUGUGAUCGAUUUUCUUGAAUGUUAAUUCACUUGUGAUCUAGUCAGAUAUGUGUUGUUACACAAAAUUUAUGUACACAUGAGUGGUAUAUAUUUAUAUGUACAAUAAAAUGUGCCAAAAGCUCUGUAA